CUGAUUCUGAACUGCUGCUGACGGUAUGAGAUCGUUCUCAUCGCGACAAUAACGACACCGAACAAGAGGACAGAUCCCGAGGUGGAGAGAGGGCACCGGGGCCGCGUGAAGCAUUUCUUGCUGCUCCUCACUUGUUUUAGAAUCUGUUCGCUGACUCAGACUUUAAUCCGGUGGAUUUCCUCAAGUAGAUCUGUUCACAUUUCUCCAAGAGGAAGCGAUCUUUUUUUUUAUUUAAAUUUUUGUUUCGAUCAAGGUGCUGGAGCGCAGCUGUGAGGGGAAUAAAGCGCAGCGGACACCCAGAUGUGAUCAGCCUCUUCGCGCUGCAACCAUCCCGCUUUCUUAAACCCGAACCAGAACCACUUUUGCCCGCACCAGACUUCCAGAGCGAUGCCGCAGGUGGAAAUGGUCCUCUUCGUCAUCCUCAUCAUUGGGAUGUGCGUGUACAGUCAGGACCCAGCUUCCAAAGUGGUGUCCGACCGCUACGCCGUCUUCUGGAACCGCACCAACCCCAGGUUUUACCGGGGUGAUUACCACAUUGACGUGUGCAUCAAUGACUACCUUGACGUCUACUGUCCACACUACGUGGGCCCGGUGUCAGACGAACGAGCCGAGCGCUAUGUCCUCUACAUGGUGAACUAUGAUGGAUACAGUUCUUGCGACCACACCGCCAAGGGCUUCAAACGCUGGGAAUGCAACAGGCCACUGUCACCGAAUGGACCUCUGAAGUUCUCCGAGAAAUUUCAGCUCUUCACCCCUUUCUCAUUGGGCUUUGAGUUUCGUCCUGGCAGGGAAUAUUACUAUAUCUCCUCCACCACCGACGAGCGGGGCAGGAGGAGCUGCCUCCGACUCAAAGUGUUCGUCAGGCCUCCCAACAACUGUGUGAAAAACUCUGGAAGUUCGCAGGAAGGCGUCGAUUUUGAUGAGAGGAUGCACAACUCCUUAGAACCCAGAGACGACACCAGCCACGAGUCGGCCGAACCUUCUCGAGGUGACGUGAACUCCGUGGGAUGGCGCCAGUCUUCGGUCCUCCUGCUAAGCUCCGCCCUCCUGCUCCUGGUCGCCGCCUUGUGUUUAUAGCAUCGAGCCUAAGGAAUUCCCCCGCAGGAAAGGACUGUCGCGAUCGGACCGCUGGACGCCGCUGUAACCUGGUACCCCUUCCCUCAAGGAGCACUUUUUUAAUUAAAAAUAAAAACUGACGAGGUCUCUCGGCAAAAAGAGAGAGAAGAGGACUUCCACGCUGAAGCCUUUAUUUUGUUUUGAGACUUUUUUAAAUGCCAACCGGUGCGAUUUUUGACUUUCCAGUGAGUGAGACGUCGGAGCUACGUCUCACUGCUGGUCGGCAGUAUGCAGAUAGAAACCUUUCUUUGCGCUAAAGACGUGUACAUACAUGCAUUUAAACAUACAGCGCACACAAACACGUGCACAACACACAAUCAGGACUCUGUUUAGCUUCAAUCGCAGCAAGAGCAUGCAACGUUUACAGACUUUUUCUGUUCAGGAGCAUCGUGUAAACCCCACGUUUAACACAAAACGCAUCUCACAUCGAUCUGAAGAAGACCUGGGAUCAGUCAUGUCACCACAUCUUCCAGAUGGGGUAAAUUUAUGUCUGUUACUAGGAGAUUGUUUCUGCGAAAAGGGGGUGGAGACUGCUUCGUCUCAAAAAAAAAAAAAAGAAAAAAAGAAAAAAAAAAAAGAAAAAUUCAGAUGUGUCAUUGAAGACUGCAAAACAAAAUGUUAAGAAGCACUCAUCUUUAGUGUCUAGACAGGAGCAAUUUAUUGGUCUUUUUUUAUGAAUCACAUAUUUUCAUUUGUAGCAGCCAACAUGAGUGUACAGAAAAAUAUUUGUGCUGAGCGUCAAAGUCAGUAUGGUUGAUAUUUUGCCAGGCAAAAUUUAUUUUCCUAUUUAUUGUGAAGGUUUUGUGCUUUUUUUCUUGUUACUGUAACAUUUAGUCUCAAAUUACAGUAGAAAAGUAUUAAAAGACAUUUAGUUAGUUAAGAACAGACACACUGUUUAUUUGAUACAAUCAUACACAGAGUGCAGUUUUUGUAAUUGUUUGGUUCCAUCGCUGAAUUAAGCGAAUGGUUUCAAAGUCCAGAUUUAUAAAAAAAACUAAAAAAACAAAACAAAACAAGAAGACUGAUGCGCUGUCGGGAUGUAGAGAUCGUAGAAUGUUUGUGUUGCAAAUUGUCAUUAGCAAAUGUCACACAUGUAGUUUUACUGUUACACGAUUGCUUUUGUGAAUCACUGUCAACACAACUACACCUAAUGUAUAUAUAGAGGUGAAUUUCCUACGAAGUUCAGGGAUGUGUCCAUGCCUAAAAGUUUUUUUUUAAAUAAUAGGAAAGGAUUAUUGUUCUGCAAGUGGGUUUUAAGAGUAACUUUUGAUAUUUUAAGAAUAAUUGAUAUUUUGUGAUAAAUCAUACAGCGUUGCAAAACUGAAGCUACAAUAUUGAGGAGAAAGUUUAAAAAAAUAAUUUUACUGUAAUAAAAAAGUUGAAAUUUUACUGGAAAAUUCACACUGUGUGAAUAAAGUUGUAAUGUUAUAGUGUAAAUUUUUUUAUGAUGAAAAUAUCAUAAAUAUGUGAAUACAUCAGACUGUUUCAAAAAGUUUUAUGAUCAAAAAUGGAUGUAAUUUUCAAGCCAUAGUGUUACAACAAAAAUGUUGUAAUAUUAUAUACAGUGUUUAUAUGGCAGAUGCAGGAUUUCUUUAUCUGUGAAAAACUAUAAUAAUGCAGUGAAAGUAUUUCUAACCUAUUUUUUAAAACAUAACAACGUUAUUCCUGUAGUCUGUUUUCUUGAAAUUUCAACUUUUUUUUAAGUUUUCCAACAAUGACAGUUUUUCUAAAAAAAAAAAAAAAAUUGUCCGUUUUUUAAAAUCCAUUUUUAAAGUGUCAGAUUAUGACCAUAAAAGACUGUAUUCAUGUGAUGUCACAAAUCUGUCACCUUGGAAGACACACAAAGGUGUUGGUUAUUCCACGUAGCACACAGACAUGUAGCGAUAUAUCGCACACUGCAAACCAUAAACUGCAGUGAAAAAUUCAUACAAAUUGCGACUUUCUGACAUACAAUUCAAAGGCAACGAUUCCAAUUUGAUGGAAAAUACUUUCAAAUCUAGGUAGACUAGAUAAGUAAUGAAUGAGGAAGAUAAUAGGAGUCAGUAUGUUUUUGAACAAUUUCUACAUACACAUUCUAUUAAAAAUCAUUUCCAAUGAUGUUUUCUUCAAGUAAUAAACUUUGCCUUUUAUUGAGUCUUUCACUGACCCAUAAUGCAACGCCCCUUUGGAAUAGUUCUCUUUGUUACAUUUUAUUGACAGUUGUGUUAACUGUUUUCAACAUUACAUAUUCUGAAUUCUGGGUCUCUGAAAGACUCUAUAUGGAAGAAUCAACAUAGCUAACAGUCUUAAGCUACGGUCACAUUAGCUGGAAGCGACAGAGGCAAAACAACGACUUGCCGUUGACAACGGUAGCUCUGUUGCCAGCUAAGUGGGGCCACCAUAGACAAGAAGUUUAUUUUAUGCAAAUACUGAGCGACAGGCACCAUGACAUCAGCUGGUUGUUCGUGCAAACUAAAUAAUCCAAGAUGGCGGAAAAUGCUUUGAAACAGCUGUACUUCUGUAAAAAUAUAAUGUUUCUCAGAUAUUUUGUAAAAGCUGUCGAGAAAUAAACACUUCUAAAUCUUC